AUGCAGAAUCAGGACGUAGACGUCCAACUGGACGGUACUGGUCAUUCCAGUACCACCACAGAUGAUACUCUCUCUGGACAGUCCCGGUCCAAGAAGCUGUAUCAUAAGAAGUCGAGAACGGGGUGUGCAACUUGUCGCUCUCGGCGGGUCAAGUGUGACGAAGUUCAUCCUAUAUGUGGAAACUGUGAAAGAUACGGGGUAAAUUGCUUCUACGACAGAGUCAAGCUUGCUAUCGCAGGAUCGCAAGGUGGACAAAAUCAGAACAGGGCCCAGAAUGCACCGACAGGCCAGUUAUCAGCUUAUGUUGCGAACAGAACCUCAAGACAUUUGCUGGAGCUUCGUCUUAUACAUCAUUUCACAACUCAAACCGUUGACACUUUACCAACAUCACCAGAGCCCGGCCUAGCCAAAAUCUGGCGAGAAAGCUGCCCCGAACUGGCCACCAAGCAUCCGGCUCUGCUAGACAGUAUAUUCGCAAUGGCGGCAUUGCACAUCACACUGACUCAACCGUCGAGUGAUUUGUUCAACGCCCAUUGCCAAUAUAUGGACUCAGCGCUAAGAGGUCAUCGCAAUGAUGUCUCCCAUGUGAACAUAUCCAACGUGGAUGCGGUAUGGUUCACAUCCAGUUUGCUACGAACUACACUCUUUGCUCGACUUCAAUAUCGAGAUACCCAACCUUAUCAACUUCCCGAAGAAUGGCUGUCUCUAAUCGGCAUGUUACGUUCCACCUUUUAUUCCAUAUGGUCCGUUGUGAGAUCUGAUCCGGAAGCCGCAAAGGGUUCGGUAAUGAUCCUGUUUCGCGAUGCUUCUGUGGCCCAGCGCUGGUGGAGUAGAAAGCUCGACGUGGAAAAAGCCCAGGCAUUUUCUCAUCUGAUUGAACGGGUCAAUCCCCGGGAUCAGCUUGAACCGUGGGACCCGGAGAUUAGCGAGGCAUAUAUGUAUGCAUCAGCAGCCUUGGGAAACCUCAAGGAAUCAGUUGAUGUCAUGGGUGUAAUUGGGUUUAUUGGACUUUUGCCAGCGAAAUUCAGCCAUCUCUUACUUGAAAGACGGCCGCGCGCUCUCGUUAUAUUUGCGCAUUAUUUUGCAUUUAUGCCAGAACUUUCUGACAUGUGGAUGGUUGGCGCAGCGCCGCAGAAAGAAAUAACCGGCAUUGCGUCGGUUGUGCCCGAGGAGUGGCAGCCAUUGAUGCAGUGGCCGUUAUCGGUUCGCGAUAGUCUAGUAUCUGCCGUGAAUGAUGAAGAUGACUUGACCAAGUCAUGA